UGCGUCUUUUGGGCGGGGAAGCCCCGUCCUGAGUCAUAGACAAGACCUCAGGUGCCAAAGCCACAGCAAUGGGUUUUAAGAAGCCACGUGACUCCACAACGUUAGAGUUUAAAACGUGUUGAACUUUAAAAUGCAGCUAAACUAACGACAGGACAACAGCCAAGAGAUAUGACAUAUGAGAGCAAAGUAUGACUACAAACGGUGUGUUUCGUCAAAUGUUUACGGGCUAACAGAAAUUCAUAUGUGAGACAUGGGAGGAGCUGUCAGUUUGUCACUUGUGGUUCCUCAAAUAACUUCAAGCAGUGAGCGGAAGAUCGGUCACAACUUGUUAACUGCAUUCACACGUAUGCAUUAGACUCUGCGCUACUUUGAAGUAGCCUACAGGUAAAAAGCUACUUUCACAUUCUAAUCUCCAAUCAUCAUUAUGUUACUUUCGUCAUCAAAUAAACGUACGUAGUCUUUUUCUUAACAUUGACAUGUCUGAAAAUGAAGAUCAGUUACCUAACCCGGGAAGGGAACGCACUCUAAACCAGGAGUUACUAAUCGCGGACUGCAUGGAAACGGAGCCUCUUUUGACGGGAAGCAUUGAUCAGGGUCCUGUAGAUUACGGCUCGAAAUGUGAGGAUGGACAACGUGGGCCAUUAAGCAGUAAGGGGUCGUCUUGCCCUGACCCCGAAGCUUCCUGUCGUUUACAUGGAGAUGAUGACGAUGUCUACAUUCAACAAGCUGUUGUAUUCCUUGAAGAUGCUAUACAGUAUCGAUCAAUCAACCAUCGUGUGGAUUGUCGUUCACUGAAUUUAUAUAGAUGGUACUACUCAAGGCUCUGCCAGUGGGGUCUAGGUACCACCAUAGCAGUCAUCCUGGGUCUGGCUUUUUUUGAGAGGCCCUCUUCCUUGUCCCUUACAUCUGAUCCACGGUAUCGGCCCGCUCCUUGGGAGCCAGCUUGUGGCGUAACCGAGAGCAUAGAGAUGGUGUGCCUCUGCAUCUUCAUUGUGGAUUUUGCUGUGAAGAGUUACCUAAUUGGUUGGGAUGAGUUACUGAAGACCAAGUGGCUCAUUGGCUACAUCUUAGUCAUUGCAGCCUCGAUCAUUGACUGGACGUUGUCGAUAAGCAUGCUGUGUGAUGAGGCCUUGCGAGUUCGGAGACUUAUCCGUCCAUUCUUCCUUCUGCAAAACUCUUCCUUGAUGAAAAAAACAUUGAAGUGCCUAAAGCGGACCCUCCCAGAGAUGGCAAGUGUGAUCCUGCUCCUGGCUCUCCACCUGUGUCUCUUUACAAUGUUUGGAAUGUUGCUCUUUGCCAAAACAGAGAAUCCCGAGCACAACGGAGAGUGGGAGACCUACUUCAGAGACCUGCCACAGGCUCUGUCGUCAUUACUAGUGCUCCUCACUACGGCAAACAACCCCGACGUGAUGAUUCCAGCGUACUCUCUAAACAGAGGAUAUUCCAUCUUUUUCAUUCUCUUCAGUGUAUUUGGAACAUAUUUUCUGAUGAACUUACUCACUGCCAUUAUAUACAACCAGUUUAGGGGGUACCUGCUGAUAUCCAUCCAGACGUCCAUUCACAGGAGGCGUUUGGGUGUUCAGGCAGCUUUUGUGGUCCUCUGCUGCCAGGGCCGAGCUCACACCAAACUACUAACAGGAGAGCAAGAUGAGCAAGUCCAGGUGGCAGCUGUGCUGGAGGUGAUGCAGAGGGUGCAGAUGAAAUCUUACUACAGACAUGCCAUCAUAAAGAAAAUAGCUGCUGAUGGCUGCCUAACAGGGCAGGCAUUCCAGAGGUUGUUUGAUGAGCUGGACAAGGAUCAGAUAAAAGAGCAUCCUCCUAAGCCAGAGUACCGUCAGCUGUACCUACAGCGGCUGCAAAAUGGAAUCAGUCACUAUUCUGUCACAGUGUUGGGCAAUGCCCUGGCUCUGGCCAAUGUCAUCUGCAUAUGUACUGUUUUAGUUCUGGACUCUGAGAAAACGGUUACAGAACGUGAUGAUUAUUUAGAGGUCAUCAAUUGUCUAUUUAUUUUAUUUUACGUUUUGGAGAUGGCAUUAAAAAUCUUCGCUCUUGGGUGGAGAGGUUACCUGUCCUACAGAAGUAAUAUCUUUGAUGGGGUGCUCACCAUUUUACUCUUGAUGCUCCAGAUUUCAAUUUUUUCCGUAUACAAGCUUCCUUUUUGUCGCCGGAAAGAAAAGCAUGGCCUCAUGUCUCUGUGGGAGAUGGUUCGGCUGAUCAACAUGCUUAUUGUUUUCCGUUUUCUGAGGAUCAUUUCUGACAUAAAGUUAAUGGCUUUGGUGGCAAGCACUUUAGUUGACUUGGUGAAAAAUCUACGGGCUUUUGCAGGAAUCCUUAUGGUGGUUUACUACGUGUAUGCGGUUCUGGGGAUUUGGCUGUUCCAGGGGGCUAUUUCUCCACCAGCCCAUGACAGCAUCUCCAAUUCAAGCAUGGAAAACAUAUCAGCUAACUUCAGCAUGGAAUGUGGUACAUAUGAGCAACUGGAGUACUGGCCCAACAACUUUGAUGACUUUGCAUCUUCUCUGGUCAUGCUGUACAAUAUCAUGGUAGUGAAUAACUGGCACGUGUUCACAGAUGCCUACACCCGAUAUACCACAGAAUGGUCCAAGGUUUACUUCGUCUCUUGGUGGUUAAUCUCCUCUGUAAUGUGGGUUAACCUGUUCAUCGCCCUUAUACUGGAGAACUUCACAUACCGCUGGGACCGCAGUCAUGCAUUCACUGUUGUGGAUGUGGAGCGAACAGCCUACCAGACCUCAGUACAACUGAUGUUCAGAGAGCAUGUGCAGGAACCUACAGAGGAACAGCUGGUGGCCACUCUACAGCAGCACCCUCAUCUGCAUCUCGCUUGGUGACACAACACACCAUUUAUGGUCCGCUAUACCCUGAAGUUCUUCUGAACUGGGCCUGAUUACUUGGCUUUGUGGAGCUACUCAGGGUAGAAAUGCCAGUGAAAAAUAGAAUUAUAUUGGAUAUGCAUAUCAAGUAACACGAUCAUAACCAAAUAAUCUAAAACAAAACAAUAUUUAUUUAUUUUUAUAACUAGGGACAUUUUCAUUCAAAGGGGCUUUUGAUAUUAAAUUAUAUGAUCAAUAUAUCUAGCGAAAUAUAAGUGUACUCUUUAAAUGUUUAAGUGUCUCUGUUGAAUGGUGCGUCUCGGACAGCAAAGCCAGUCAACAUUCCAUGUUUAAUACAUGUCAUACAUUUAGCUCAAUCAAGAAUCAAUGCACCUAUUUCAAAUAAACUGAACCACAUUAGAUAAAACCAAAUGCCAUUCUUGAUACAUCAUAUUGCACUGCAGUUUUUUUCUUUACAAAUGUAAUUGAAUUUUCUUCACUGAACUUAUAUUGCUUUACUGAUAUUACUGAACUACUGUUACUGUACUUACACAGAGAUAGAAUACUGGAGAAACUCUGACAUCAUGUUUUAUUUUUACACUGUGCUUGUCAAUGAUGUCCAAAGCUUAUUUAUAUGAAACACAAAGGGACAAUCAUACCUGGUGAUGGUUUUCAUUUGCUUUUGAUUCAAUCAUUUGUCUUUGUUUAAGAUCAUGCUUCACUUCAAGAAAUCACUUAAAAUCAUUUGCAUCAAUAUUGAAUAAUUUGUAUUUAAACAAACACAUAUAGAGAUUGUUUAACAUAUUUUGUUUUCAAAUUUGUUUUUGUUUUAUUUUAUGUACUUGUGUAUUUGUGGGCUUUGGAAUGCCAUUGUGAACUAAAGCUAAAAAUAAAUAAAUAAAUAUA